AUGGCUGAUCGCUUCUUUCCGAACGAUUUGCCACCAUUCGUGGCAGAGACCAUAAUUGAAGAAGAAACUCCUUCCCACACACCAGCACCACACUCACUCACCUCGCUCCUUUCUCUACCUUACCAAACACUCGCCUCAAAACUCCAAGCUGCAGCACUUCAUUUGAAACAAUCGGUGGUGAGUGAGACAUGGGGUUCGGGUGGGAGCCGUGUGAAGGACUAUACUCUUUACACUGGGAUUCUUGGAACAGCAUACCUGGUUUUCAAGGCCUACCAAGUAACCAAGAACUUGGAUGAUCUUAACUUGUGCUUGAAGAUUGUUAAAGCUUGUGAUUCUGCUUCAGCAAAUUCAAGUCGUGUGACAUUUAUCUGUGGGCGUGCCGGUGUUUGUGCUCUUGGUGCUGUCAUAGCUAAGCAUGCUGGUGAUGAAAGAUUACUUGACUAUUACCUCAGACAAUUCAAAGAGAUUGAGCUUCCCCAUGACUUGCCCUAUGAGGUACUGUAUGGAAGAGCAGGUUACUUAUGGGCUUGUUCAUUCUUAAACAAGCAUAUCGGCAAAGACACAAUACAAACUACUCACAUGAGGCCAAUUGUGGAAGAAGUUAUAACAACUGGUAGACAAUUGGCUCAAAAGGGAAGGUGCCCUUUGAUGUAUGAAUGGCAUGGGAAGAAAUAUUGGGGUGCUGCUCAUGGACUCGCAGGAAUCAUGAAUGUUUUGAUGGACAUGGAACUCAAGUCAGAUGAGGUAGAAGAUGUCAAGGGUACACUACGCUACAUGAUUAAGAAUCGUUUCUUGAGUGGCAAUUAUCCCUCCAGUGAAGGAAAUGAAUCUGACCGUCUUGUUCAUUGGUGUCAUGGUGCUCCGGGAGUAACUCUUACGCUCGUAAAAGCAGCCGAGAUUUUUGGGGAUAAGGAAUUUUCGCAAGCAGCUGAAGAUGCAGGAGAAGUAGUAUGGCAGAGGGGUCUUCUUAAGCGAGUUGGCAUUUGUCACGGCAUCAGUGGGAACACCUAUGUCUUUCUUUCUUUAUACAGAUUGACAGGAAACAAGGAGUACUUGUACAAGGCUAAAGGAUUUUCUUGCUCUCUACUUGAUAGGGCGCAAAAAUUGAUCAAUGAAGGAAAAAUGCACGGUGGGGAUCGUCCUUAUUCCUUAUUCGAAGGUCUUGGAGGAAUGGCAUACACCUUUCUAGACAUGAUUGAUCCACAAGUGGCAAGAUUCCCUGGCUAUGAACUUUGA